CCUUGGUUACAACAUAUUCAAGAUCGUCGUUGAUGCUCUGUCUAGAUUCCCGGCGUCAUCGAUUGGAGAAACCAGGGGACUCAGUUGGCGCCACCCAUCACUAUAGAAGCCUUUCCGAAUUCCAUCUCCUUCCAGUUUACUCACCCUUCCUUCCCAGAUCAAAGGUUAGGGGGCAAAACGUCGAUGAUGGUUAAAUCUCUUCUCUCUCCGUCUCCUGGCCCUUUCGCUUAAAAAAUUAAGGGGAAAAUGUGAAAACAAGGAGAGAGUUCUAUUCCAAGGGGCGAGGGUUCUAUUCCAUCCUCUUCCGCCACCACCACUGUUCCCCACAUUACUUUUUAGUGAGAACAAACAAAAGCAAAACGAGAAAGAAUGGGUUUCCAGAAGAUGCCCACAAACCAUCUUCCACCUAAACAGGUGCCAAUUUGCGCUUCUUCAUCGGCUCUUGCGCUUUCUUGUUCGUUUGGGCUUCGAUUGGCCGGUGAUCCGAUAUGUCGUCGCCGUGCUGCCUGGUGGAGUGCGCCGUCUGCCUGGGGUGUUCCCGCUGGGUCUGGAAGCGCUGCAGGUACGUUGGUGGCGAUGACAGCGAGACGUGGCCGUUCGCCACUCCGGAGGAGUUCGAGCCCAUUCCCCGCGUCUGCCGCGCCAUCCUCGCCAUCUACGAGGACGACCUCGCCAACCCCCGCGUCCUUCCCGCAUCCGCCUACCGCAUGAAUCCCGCCUGGGUGGUCAAGCGCGCCGGCUACGAGUCCACCGGCGGCUGCGCCCCUCCCUACCUCAUCUAUGCCGACCACGAAUCUCGCGACAUCCUGCUCGCCAUCCGCGGCCUCAACCUCGCCAACGAGAGCGACUACAAGGUCCUUCUCGACAACCGGCUCGGCAAGCAGAUGUUCGAUGGCGGCUUCGUCCACCACGGCCUCCUCAAGUCCGCGUUCUGGCUCCUUAACCAGGAAGGGCCCACUCUCGAGCGCCUCAUCUCAGAGCAUCCCGGGUACACCCUCACGUUCGCCGGCCACUCCCUCGGCUCCGGUGUCGCGGCGCUCCUCACGGUGGUCGUUGUCAAUCACCGCCACCGUUUCAGCGGAAUCCCGCGGGAGAGGAUCCGAUGCUACGCAAUCGCGCCGGCGCGGUGCAUGUCGCUCAACCUCGCGGUCAAGUACGCAGACGUGAUCCAUUCCGUCAUCCUGCAGGAUGACUUCUUGCCAAGGACAGCUACUCCCUUGGAAGACAUUUUUAAAUCAAUAUUUUGUCUUCCCUGCCUGUUGUUUCUUGUUUGCUUGAGAGACACCUGCAUUCCAGAAGGGAGAAAGCUUAGGGAUCCAAGAAGGCUCUAUGCUCCUGGAAGGAUGUAUCAUAUUGUUGAGAGAAAAUGCUGCAGAUGUGGAAGGUUUCCUCCUGAAGUAAGGACUGCUAUUCCUGUUGAUGGAAGGUUUGAGCAUAUUGUGCUUUCCUGCAAUGCCACAUCAGACCAUGGAAUUAUAUGGAUCGAAAAGGAGGCUCAAAAGGCUCUAGAUAUGAUGAAGGAAGGCCUUGCCAUCACAGCCGCUCCAGCAAAGAAAACAAUGACAAGGCAACAGACUAUUCAGGAAGAACACAAGGAUGCACUCGAACGGGCUGUCAGUUUGAAUGUUCCUCAUGCUGUGACCUCAUCAGAAGAGGCUGUGGCAGAUGCUGGUGCUAUAGUCCAGUCCAAGCCCGAAGGAAGAAUCAACUGGGAAGAACUUGCCCAAAGGCUCUUUGACAAGGACGAGGCUGGGAAACUGGUCUUGAAAAAGGAUGUUGCUGUUGCUGAAUGAUUCUUUUUUAUCUGUCUGUGGUUUGCAUCAAUCGAUUGAGUGGUUAUGUUCGUUCUUGAGAAAUAAGUUUUUCAUAUCUUCAUUUUUUAUGUGUAAUAUUAUGUAAUCAUGCACAAAUCUGUCAAGGGUUUCUUUAUCUGUUAUUGUUAAGAAUAAUGUAUCUUUUUGAAAAUUUCAUUUAUGUUGAUUAUUUGUUCUGUUUA